GCAGCGCCUGGGAUGAUGGCGUCCGCCACGGCGCACGACGCGACGGCCACGGCCACGGCCUCGUCCACGGGCCAAGCCACCGGGACGGGCCACGGCCACAGCCUCGGACACAGCUUCACCAAGAAGACGUACCACAGGCCGACCUACUGCCACCACUGCGGGGACAUGCUGUGGGGGCUCAUCGGGCAAGGCUACAGCUGCGAAGUUUGCAACUUCGUAGUUCAUGACCGGUGCCUGAAAACGGUGAUCUCGCCGUGCUCCAGCAUCGCGGCUAUGCUUGUUAAGAACCCGGUUGCCCAUUGCUGGUCAGAGCAGUCGCACUUGAAGAGAAAGUUUUGUAACGUGUGUCGGAAAGGUUUGGGCGAUGGAAGCGCGGCGCACUGUGAGAUCUGCGAGUACUUCGUGCACCCGGAGUGCAUGGACUUGGCCGUGGCGGACUGCAAGGAGAAUGCCACCUACCUCCCGGGAAAAGACCUCUCCAUGGUGCACCACUCGCACCACUGGCGGGAAGGCAACCUGCCGGCCAACUCCAAGUGCUGCGUGUGCAAGAAGACGUGUUGGUCGGCAGAGUGCCUGGCGGGGUGCCGGUGCGAGUGGUGCGGGCUCACGUCUCACUUUUCGUGUCAAAAAUCCAUCCCGGAGGAGUGCAACUUUGGCCAGUUUCAACCCAUCUACCUGCCGCCCCACGCCGUCAGCAUACCGCGAACAGAAGUGCCUAUGGAAGCCAUCAUUGGAGUGCAGGUCCGAAGGAAAGACACCCUGUCAUCUCGCAGCAUCUCGGAGGAGUUGAGCAGCGGCGACGCGCGGCACCGGGACUCGGAUGACGUGGCCAAGGAGCCGCGCGGCAAGGAGAAGGACCGCGAGGAGCGCGACGAGGAGGUGGUCAAGGUGUACGACGGCAACAACGCGGUGCGGAAGCGGCACUUCAAGGUGGUGGCCGUGCGCAGGGACGCCACGCUACAACAGCUGCUGGUUGCGGCGCUGCGGGCCUACCACGUCACCAGGGACAGCUCGCAAUUCUACUUGACUGACCUGUACGGGCAGGAGGACGUGCCCUUGGCGGACUCAACGCCGGUGCAGAACCUCGUCAGAAAGGAAGGGAAGAGGCCUGCCAUUUUCUUGAGGUUCAAUGAGACGGACAGAGGGGAAGUGAGGGUGUACCCUGGGCGCGUGGAGGUCAACUCGGGCACCGCGUUUUGCACCGUGCCGGUGGACAGCGAGACCAGCAUGACGGAGCUGUGUGCGCAGGCGCUGGACCGCUUUGCCCUGGACAAGGCCAACACGGACGACUACCGCCUCAACCACCUUGUGUUGGAGCGGGGAGCCGUCACGGACAGGCCGAUGGAGGGCACCGAAAAGCCGUGGGAGAUCUUCAAGGAGCUGGGCAAGGAGUCGAUUCGGCAGAUGGAGCGGAUGCGGUUCUACAUCCAGCCGAAGCAGGACCCGCACGGGCCCAACAUCGCGCUGUUCGUCGGCAACCUGCCGUCCAACCUUUCGCAGCGCAACUACGAGAACCUGCUGACGGACAGGCUGGGCAUGGAGAACAAGUUCACCAGCAUAGGGCCCAUCUACUACGAGUACGGCUCCAUGGUGAUCACGUACGAGGACGCCAACAAGGCUGUGAGGGCACUUUAUAUUCUGCGGGAUUGUUUUUUUGACGAGAAACAUUUGUUGGUGAUGCUACUGCCAAAUGUGGAGCCGACCAUGGUGCCGAACGGAGUGCAACCACUCCUGGUGUUUGUCAACGUCAAGUCUGGAGGCUGCCAGGGCCUGGAGCUCAUCUCCAGCUUCAGGAAGCUGCUCAACCCCUACCAAGUGUUCGAUCUGGACAACGGCGGGCCGCUGCCAGGGCUUUACGUGUUCCGACACAUCCGCAACUACAAGAUUUUGGUUUGCGGCGGUGACGGGACCAUUGGUUGGGUGCUGCAGUGCCUCGACAACGUGGGCCAGGACUCGGAGUGCUCGUCGCCCGCCUGCGCCAUCGUACCGCUCGGGACAGGCAACGACCUGGCCCGGGUGCUGCGCUGGGGCUCGGGCUACACGGGCGGCGAGGACCCGCUCAACCUGCUGCGCGACGUGAUCGACGCGGAGGAGAUCCGGCUCGACCGCUGGACGGUCGUGUUCCACCCGGAGGACAAGGGCGACGAGAAGAGCAACGCCAACUCGACGGGGCCGGCGGUCAAGUGCCGCGUGCCCUCCGUGCAGCCCACGGGCAGCGAGGACAACACGCAGAUCUUCGUGAUGAACAACUACUUCGGCAUAGGCAUCGACGCCGACCUGUGCCUCGACUUCCACAACGCGCGCGAGGAGAACCCCAACAAGUUCAACAGCCGGCUGCACAACAAGGGAGUGUACGUCAAGAUGUCGCUGCGCAAGCUGGUGGGCCGCAAGGUGUGCAAGGACCUGCACCGCGAGGUGCGCCUGGAGGUGGACGGCAAGCACGUGGAGCUGCCGCAGGUCGAGGGCAUCAUCAUCCUCAACAUCCUCAGCUGGGGCUCUGGAGCCAAUCCGUGGGGAGGACCCGAAAAGGAGGACCAUUUUUCAAAGCCCAACCACUGGGACGGCAUGCUGGAGGUGGUGGGAGUCACGGGGGUGGUGCACCUGGGGCAGAUCCAGUCGGGGCUGCGGUCCGCCAUGAGGAUAGCUCAGGGCGGCCACAUCAAGAUCCACCUCAACUCGGACAUCCCAGUGCAGGUCGACGGGGAGCCCUGGGUCCAAAGUCCAGGGGACAUCGUAGUGCUCAAGUCUGCGCUCAAGGCCACUAUGCUGAAGAAGAUGAAGGGCAAGAUGAAGCGGCGCAACACCGACCCCUUCACGCUCCCGUCGCCCGUCAACACGGUGGCCCUGCAGCCCACCGAGGAGAACUCCUCAGAGAACAACGAGUUCUAAACGACGAAACACUCGACUUAAAUGUUAAAGAAAUAAUAAUGUUGUUUAGUACCAGAGAGUGCCGGACCGGAAGCCACCGCGCUCCCCUUCCGUCCCGUUGUCGCACACCGCGGGCAUUUCCGGUCAACAGAUCUCACCCCAAUCCCCUCCCCUUCCCCCUUUUUCCUCAAGAAAAAAUGCAUUUACCCCCUCCCUCUGUAAUGGUGCCUAUUACUUUUUAGAGAUAUGGUAUUUUGCCAGAGAGCUGCGCUAAAUGUCGAUUUAAGUUUAAGUUUACAAUCCUGAUGAAAAACAUGAUGAAUCCUUUAACUGUGUACUUAAAUGCAAGAACAUACACUAAUAUUUAGAUGCAAGAAACAUUUACAUUUUACGCAAGAAGACGCAAAUGUGCUGCACAUGGACUUCGUCACGGGGCACUGGAGUGCCACUUUUGUUUGCCAUGCGAAAACAAGCAUUUGCAUUGUUACUGUGUACUUUAAAAUUAUUUCAUUAUUAUAUAAAACUAUUCUAGUGUAGAGGUCUAAUUUGUUGGUCAUAGCAUAUUACGUGUAGAACGUGAAGUUAGAUGCGGCGUAUCCUACCGGACGAGACGAAACCCAGGCCGGCCAGCCUGGCCUCACACCGGGCGCCUUCCCGCACGCCGCGCAGGUAAGUCGUGGUCGGCCCUGCCGCCCGCCACCCCGCGCCACCGCCACCCGCACAGACACGA